AGAUGAAUCGAAGGAAAGCUGAUAGAAAGGUUGGGAAUAGUAAAAGGGGAAUAUCUGCUGUUUUAUUUCGACAUAUUUCUGGAUACUCCUCAAAUAAUGUUAAUUCCGGCGAAUGGAGACAUACCCCAUGAUGCAAGGGUAUGGAUAUUUGGAUAUGCCUCUUUAAUCUGGAAGCCUGGUUUCGAAUACCAGCGAAGGGUGUUGGGAUAUAUCAAAGGAUUCUCACGCAGAUUCUGGCAGACGAAUGCAACUCACAGAGGAACCCCUGACAAGCCAGGAAGAGUGGCAACGUUGGUUCCGGAUACUGAGAGUACAGUGUGGGGUCUUGCGUACGAAGUGAUUGGUCAGAAAAACAUCAGAAACGCAAUGAGACAUCUGAAUGGCCGUGAGGUCAUGUGCGGCGGUUACUGCCUGAUGCUGGCGAACUUUCAUCCGGAGGGCGAGGCGGAGGUGACUCUGCCUGUCCUCGCCUACACUGCGACUGAGAAGAACCAACACUACAGUACGACGUCUUUGACAGAGCUGGCAGAGCAGGUCGUCGCAGCAGAGGGGCCAGCGGGACACAAUGUGGAGUAUGUCCUCAGGAUUGUGGAUUUUAUGAAGGAACACGUCGGCUGUGAACACGAUAAUCAUUUAUUGGAGUUGAACCGGUUGAUUCGGACAUUACUCGAGGAGAGAAGCUUGGCUGUGACAAACUUGAUCGGUGACGGUCCGAUAUGUGAUUGUGAUAAACAAACUGUGAUGCACCAUAAGAAAUGCCCUGUCAAUUAUUGGGCGCUGCACAAAAAGGAUAUAUUGAAGACAGUCAGUGCAGUGAAUCACAAUAAGAAAUACAUCGACUUGAGUGAAAUUUUCGUAAGGACAUUCGCAGCACAGGUGACAUUGCACAAUAAUCCCAGAUUGGAGACAUCAAGAGCAUGACUUCCCGACACUUCAGAUUCAUGAUCAGGAUUUAUAUAGACCGAGGUCUAUGUAUAGGACAUAACUUUACAAGGUGCUGUGAAUACUCUAUAGUCAUGAAUAUACGGUCAGUGGCUCAAUAUGCCUGGUGAACAUGCAAUUGUAUCUGAAUAGAUACGAAAAGUCAUAUAUAUCCGAGGUGCAAACAACUUUGUGCUUCUAUACAUGCUUCCCGAAAUUGGUGGCUUGCAUUGGAACUAACUUUUUCCCCCUUGUCCGUCAUUAAAAGCAUUCAGUGUUGGUCAACCAUGACUAUCUCCUUUGUCCCUCCAUCAUAAGGCCUAGUUUCCCCUUAUGACAUCACUAUUUCGGACACUGAGCGCCCCAUUUCUGGAAAGGUGUAUAUCUAUGUGCUCUUGAGUUGAAUGGGUGUAGAAGGAAUGGAAAUCCCAUAGUUUUGAUAGUCAUAUUCUAUUGUGCACGGAUUGUUUUAGGAUCUACAGUUAUAGGGAAACAUUAACCUUUAUAAAAAAGCGUACAAUAGAUUCCUUUGUUAAUCUUCAAUGUUAUAAUUGGGUUUUAGAUCACAGUGACACUGGCUUUUGGUGAAAACAAAUUUUCUCCGCGAACAGUGUGAUUUUAUGUUGAUGUAUUAGUUAGUAUAUUUGCUGAUAGAUGGAGAUACUUUUGAUUAUGCGUGGUCUCCCAAUAUAAAGGUGCAUCAGUUGUGAUAAUAAACAAGUUGUUA